GCUGUCGCAUGACGGCACAAUACAUACAAGCCGCAGCCAACUUCACUUCGAUGUAUAUUGGGAGUGACUAAGUUUCGUUGUAAAAAGUGUGUGAGCUGCGAGAAAACGCAUAAAGAAAUCGGCGGUGCGCAGGAAUUAUUGGAUUUUGCGACACGGCAUUGAAACAUAAAGGCACGGAUCUGGAGUAACCAGGGAUAUAUAGAGCCAGGCGCGAGCGAUAGCAAAACAAAUUCAAAGAGAAAAUGGGUGCAAGAGAAGACGAAUACGAUUAUCUGUUCAAAGUUGUCCUUAUCGGUGACUCGGGUGUUGGUAAAAGUAAUUUACUCUCACGUUUCACGCGCAAUGAAUUCAAUUUGGAGUCCAAGUCAACAAUUGGCGUGGAGUUUGCAACGCGCAGCAUAGAGGUCGAUGGAAAAACAAUUAAAGCGCAAAUCUGGGAUACGGCCGGACAGGAGCGCUACCGCGCCAUCACCUCUGCCUAUUAUCGCGGCGCCGUGGGUGCCCUGCUCGUCUACGACAUCGCCAAGCAUCUGACGUACGAGAAUGUGGAACGAUGGCUGCGGGAGCUGCGCGACCAUGCCGACCAGAAUAUUGUCAUCAUGCUGGUGGGCAACAAGUCCGAUUUGCGGCACUUGCGUUCCGUGCCCACGGAUGAGGCGAAACUGUUUGCCGAGCGCAACGGCUUGAGUUUCAUAGAAACCUCGGCCCUCGACUCUACGAACGUUGAAACGGCAUUCCAAAACAUACUCACAGAAAUCUAUCGCAUCGUUUCGCAGAAACAGAUCAGAGAUCCGCCGGAAGGCGAUGUCAUUCGUCCGUCGAACGUGGAGCCCAUCGACGUUAAGCCGACUGUUACAGCCGAUGUGCGCAAGCAGUGCUGUCAGUGACCGCCCCAAGCAAAUAUCGCUACCCCCCCGCAACCGCCAGAACAGCAACAUAAGCAGAAGCAGCAACAACAAUUACAACUACAACAACAACAACAACAACACCAACAACAAAAUGAUCAGAA